AUGAGGCGAACGACUCGCAAGAGCUCUUUCCUAACAGUCCGAGAUCUUUUGGAUACAACCAGUAGUGAUGAAAGCAAUGAAUCCCCGCCCUCUUCAAGUUCUACUCCAACAACUGAGGAAACCAAGCCAUCUCCCAAGCCUAAAUCCGCACCACCUCAUGGAGAAUUGAAAUUAGGUUCCACAUCUCUUAUUGAUGAUCCGCAAUCCGAUCAGUCUCAUACACCUGCUCCUUACUUUCAAAACAAUCACUGCCAAGGUCCAGCAUACAUAAACUACAAUUUUUUAAACUCACAGAACAAUGUCGAAAUCGGGAAAAAGCGGAAACGUGUUGAAAUGUCUCAUAGGCGAGCAUUUCAAGUUCCACAACCACUUCCGAGACGUGAGAGGGAAAGACGCAACGAUACUUGCGAAUUUUGUGGAAAAGUGUUUAAAAACUGCUCUAACCUCACGGUUCAUCGGCGAAGUCAUACAGGGGAGAAACCAUAUAAGUGUGAACUAUGCAGCUAUGCAUGCGCUCAAUCUUCAAAGUUGACACGACACAUGAAGACGCAUGAAAAAGAUGGUCGACCUAGUCAUCGGUGUCGGUACUGCCAGACGCCAUUUAUUGUUCCUUCGACAUUGGAGAAACACAUGAGACGUUGUGGAGCAAAUUUCAGGCAUGAGGGAAGAUUUCCUUCCAACCAAGAGCCAAUCAUGCUAGCACCUCAUCAACAGCAAUCCGUUAAUCCUGCUCAAGAUUCCUCCGCAUUGGGAUGGGCCCUCUCAAACUCCUUACCAAACAUUCUUCCACCUUGGUGCUACUCAAUUCUUUCAUCCCUAGCGGUUCCAAAUCCGUCGACUACAACUACUCAGUCACCACCCUCACAUCCUAGUCUUAUGUCAGGACGAUUUGUCUAG